AUGAUAUCAUCAACGGCCAAGCAACUUUGUCGUCGAUUCUCACUAGCUGAAAUCCACUCAGCCACCGGAGUCUUCAGCAACGCGCAUGUCAUUGGAAAGGGUGGUUUUGGUAUAGUCUACAAAGGCCUCAUUGUUAAUGGCUCUCUGACUGUGGCCAUUAAGCGGCGGCUAGCAUCAAACCUGAGUCAAGGCCAGAGGGAGUUUGCAUCGGAGAUUGAAACACUAACUAAGUUCCGACACCAUAAUCUAGUCUCUCUGAUUGGCUACUGCAAUGAGGAGGGUGAGAUGAUUCUUGUUUAUGACUACAUGUCUAAUGGAACACUAGCAGAUCACCUCCACAAGAAUAUCAACGGUGGCUCAACUCUCUCGUGGAAUGAACGACUGAAGAUAUGUAUUGGAGCCGGGAGAGGUCUGGACUAUCUUCACUCGGGUUGCUCCAUCAUACAUCGUGAUGUCAAGCCUACGAAUAUCCUUUUGGAUGACUGUUUCACAGCUAAGGUUUCAGAUUUUGGAUUGGCCAAACAUUUAAGCCAAAAUAUAUUGCAAACUCAUGUCAUCACAAAUGUAAAGGGCUCAUUUGGAUAUUUUGACCCGAGUUAUUUUACCACGGGGAGACUUACAAGGGCAAGUGACACAUAUUCGUUUGGGGUAGUGUUGUUAGAGGUGUUGAGUGGGAGGCGAGCGGUUGAGGAAAAGCUUGCAGAGGAUGAGCUGUGUAUGAGCAUGUGGGCUCAAGAAAAGAUUCGAAAUGGAAAAGCUGAUCAGAUUGUAGCUUCAAAUUUGAAGGGAGAUAUCACACAAGAUUGCCUCAAGACAUUUAUUGGGGUUGUUAAAAGAUGCUUGCAUCAUGAACCAAAGAAACGACUCCCGAUGAGUCGAGUUGUGGCGCAGCUUGAGUUAGCCCUUGAGCAACAGGAGAGGAGAGGGACCACAGCACAAAAAUCACAAUUUUGGCUAUGUUGGAAUAGAUUUAUUCCAUUUAGUAAAGGUUCAACACAAAAAGAUCAUUAUGUGGUUGAAGUUGAUGAGGUGCCACUAGCCAUCUCUACCGUUGAUGAAGACUACAAACAAGCUGUCUCCACCGCUGAUGGAGAUGACAAACAAUCUGUCUCCACCGUUGAUGAAGUGUUGGAGGACAAACAAGCAACCAUCAAUGCAGAGGAUGCUUAUACACUGCCAAGAUCGGUUACCACAGCUGAUAUAUUGGACAUGACUGCUAAUUUCCUUAGAAAGCCAUGUUCGAGUCCUUGGUUCCAUGGAGGAAGUGUAUUCUGUGGAGUCGUAGAAACUGGAGAGAAAGUCGCAGUCAAAAGACUCCAAAAGAAGUUGCCAAACAGUGAAUUUCUUGCACAGGUUUCAACAUUGUUUAGGCUGAAGCAUGAAAAUGUGGUUGAUCUACUAGCUUGUUCUGCACAUAAGGAUCUGCAAGUCUUGGUGUAUGAGUUUGCACCAAAAGGGUCCUUACACAACCUUCUCCAUGGAUUAAAAAUCCUUGAGUUUCAGUCAGAUACAUGUUUGACAUGGUCUGAAACAAUCAAAAUAGGUGUUGGGAUUGCAAGAGGAUUGUGUUACAUUCAUGAAAAGGGACUGAUACAUCGUAACAUCAAAUCCAGCAAUUUUUUACUCUUUGAUGAUGGGAAUGCUAAGAUAACUGAUCUCCAUCUAUCAACCCAAUGCUCUUGUAAGAGGGAUGGCCUCAUCUCGAAUAGUGAUUAUCACCCUCCAGAAUGCAAUCAGACAGAGAAAAGCGAUGUUUACAGCUUUGGUGUGCUUCUGCUUGAACUUUUGAGUGGCAGUGAUGUAUUUAGACAGAGGCCAAGAGCAAGGAAGGAGCACCAUGUGUUGAAGGCAAAACUACAGCUGGGUUCCGAAAAUAUACAGAAGAUUGUUGAUGUUAGGUUAAAAGACGCGGAGCACCUUCGUGAGGCAGUGGAAAAGAUGGUUGCAGUUGCUGCGUCGUGUGUUCGUAUUGAAGCUGAUCGCCGGCCAAGCAUGCGCACGGUUUGGGAAGCUCUCGGGGAUCUCCCGAGACAACAAGCGGGAAAAAAUGCUUUGGCCACAGAAACAACCUCUAACAAUAUAACACUAUCAUAG